UCCUUUCACCGCAAUUUCACCGCCCUUUAACGGUAGUCACUCCCAACAAUUUCCCAACUUAACAAAAACUCUCCUCCGGAGAGGCACGGAUUCCAUACUUUCCACUCCAAAACUUCUUUCCUACACUUAAUCAUUUAUUCACUGUAGAUGCAGCGGAAAUCUCAUCCCACGCGCGUUCAAGAUUCUUAACUACACCCAUCUGCAGGGUCUCCUUUAUCCAAUUCUUGCCGUUGCCCUUUUUUUUUUCUUUCAAAUCCUAGCCUCUUUCAUGUUUGCCUUAUUUGUACAGUUUCUUACAUCUGCAUUUGGAAAAUAGCGAUCUUUGUUAACAAUGGAGAUUUCUCAGUGGGUCUUUGUUUUUUCGAUUCUUCUCCUCUUUUUGGUUUCUGGGUCUUUCUCAAUUGACAAUUUUCACCAACCGUUUCUUAUUGUGGAGCCUGAUCCUGGUCAUACAAAGCUUCGUCUUUCAAGGGAAGGCUUGGAAGCCAUCAGCAGGAUAGCUACCCCAAUUGCAGCUGUUGCUUCUUGUUUGGACUUGUAUAUCAAGGUCAUUGGUCCCUACCGCUCUGGCAAAUCUUUUCUGCUGAAUCAACUUCUUUCGCUGUCUUGUUAUGAAGGAUUCGGUGUUGGACACAUGCGUGACACAAAAACAAAGGGUAUUUGGGUUUGGGGAACUCCACUAGAAUUGGAUAUUGAUGGAGUAAGAACUUCUGUUUUCUACCUUGAUACUGAGGGUUUUGAAAGUGUUGGGAAAUCAAAUGUAUAUGACGAUAGGAUUUUUGCUUUGGCAACUGUUAUGAGUUCUGUACUAAUUUAUAACCUGCCCGAGACGAUCCGUGAAGCUGACAUAUCUCGGCUGUCAUUUGCUGUUGAGCUUGCUGAAGAAUUUUAUGGAAGAGUGAAGGGGCAAGACGUUGCUUUUGAACCUGCCAAACUUUUGUGGCUUAUCCAGCGUGAUUUUCUGCAAGGGAAAUCAGUGAAAGAAAUGGUGGAUGAGGCACUUAGACAUGUCCCUAACAUUGAUGGGGACAAAAAUAUUGGUCAGGUUAACCAUAUCCGGGACUCCUUAGCCAUAAUGGGUGAAAACAGCACGGCAUUUAGCCUACCACAACCUCAUCUCAUGCGGACAAAGCUUUGUGAUCUGAAGGAUGAUGACCUUGAUCCUAUGUAUGUUAAGAAAAGAGAGCAACUGAAAGAGCUUGUAGCUAGUGUUAUACACCCAAAAGUUGUGCAGGGCAAGCAUUUAAAUGGAAAUGAGUUUGUUUCAUUCCUGGGGCAGAUACUCGAAGCUUUGAAUAAAGGGGAGAUCCCAUCAACAGGCUCUCUUGUAGAGGUUUUCAAUAAAGGUAUUCUUGAGCGAUGUUUGAAGCUAUACAGUGAAAGGAUGGGAAAAUUAGGUUUACCUAUGCACAAACAAUCCUUACAAGAUGCCCAUGGAAGGUUGCGAGAGGAAGCAAUGAAGGCAUUUGAUGAACAACAUUUUGGCCGUCACCAUGCAAAGAGAUCUGCCAUGCAACUGGAUGAAGAAAUGAAGGAGGUAUAUAAAAAUGUCAUUAUGGCAAAUGAAUAUCAGUCCUCUAGGCUCUGUGAGGCACUUUAUACCCGAUGUGAAGACAGAAUGGACCAGCUUCAAGUUCUCAGACUUCCUUCUAUGGCAAAAUUUAAUGCAGGUUUCCUGCAAUGUAACCAAAGCUUUGAGCAGGAGUGCAUUGGGCCUUCAAAAGCAAACUACGAGCAACGGAUGAUGAAGAUGAUGGGAAAGUCACGUUCUCUGUUUAUCAAGGAAUACAAUCAAAGGCUCUUCAAUUGGUUGGUGGCUUUCUCCCUUGUCAUGGUGGUGGUUGGCCGGUUUAUCAUGAAGUUCAUUUUGAUUGAAAUGGCAGCAUGGAUACUAUUUAUAUUCUUAGAGACAUACACAAGGAUGUUCUGGUCAGCAGAGUCUCUUUUCUACAACCCUGUGUGGCAUUUUAUUGUAGCCACUUGGGAAACUCUUGUCUACAGUCCCAUCCUUGAUUUGGACAGAUGGGCGAUUCCCAUUGGUUGUAUAUUGGCACUAUGGAUACUUUAUUGGCGGUGUUACGGGAGAAGAAAACAUGGGUCACGUUGGCUUUUACCCAUGUACAAUAGUCAUAAAGGUGGCUCAAAUAGACCAAGAUCAGAUUAAUGGAGAAGUGUCUGUGCCAUUUGGUAUGCUUUUAAUCAAUCAUCUUGGGCGAGCUUUUCCCUUUUUUUUUAACAUAUGAAAGGCCGCCAAUCAAUUAUCUGAGAUUGUCAAAGACGGGACAAAGUCAGAAGAUGAUCAGCCGGCCACACUUAUAUAGUAUCUUUACUGUACCAUUUUUAUUAAUAUAAUCUGAUGAUUUGUUUAAUAGUUUCAGCUUUCCUCUUCUUGUUUUGCACAGAACAAUCCCUUGUCAUUUCCUUAUGUAUUGUAGAAGUAGCCAGAAAAGCAUCAUCAUGACAUCAUUUAAAUGCCCUCAGAUGGGCAGGUGAAAAUAAAACAUGGAACAUGGAAAAGUUUGGGAUGAAAUGCCAAAUUAAUCAUUGAACAAAUAGUCCAUGUACUACAUAUUUCUAUCAUUAACCCUAAAAAUAAACACUGAAUUUAGUUAUAUGAUGAAGGUGCCGACGAAAAACAUAAAAAAAAAAGGUGAAUUGAAUUAGAAUAUGACUAUAGUUUCCCCCACAAUUCAUACUGGAGUUCAUAGCGAUUGAGCUUCGAUAUGAUGUUGGGUGUUGGGUUAAUUCAAUUUUUAUGUGCAGGUUAGACCGAAAACUCUUUUUUU